GGCUGAGAUACCAACGAUCGACGCGAGUUUUAUUUAUUUCCAAUCGAUCGAUCGACGCUAAAGUGGAGCAAUAAAAUCGGAAGUCUUGGGAAAUCGGUAGAUAUUUGCUUCGCGAAAGAAAAAACCUCCUCGAUAUGAGUGGCGUGCUUCGUCGCGGUUCCCUGAAUUUCGACUGUGUGGGCGGACCGCGGGACAAGGGCAGGGGCAGCCUGGAGGCAAACCUCUAUGGCGGAUAUCGCGAGACAAGGCCGGGCCCAAGGACCCCGGAAAUCAGUGUCAUAGCAUUGGACUUUCGUCGCUACUCCGAGGACCUGAAGAAGCCUCCCCACGAGGAGCCCCCGCCGAGCAGGGAUCUCAGCCAGGAUGCCGACGGCGAUGUGAUAUCCAAUUUCCUGGGCCACUACACCCGCUGGAGCUUCCUGUGGACCCUGCUGCUCUGCCUGUUCCAACUGCCCACCACUUUCCAUCUGUUCAUGUUUGUCUUCCAGCUAACGAAUAUGAGAUCAGGCGAGGCCUCGCCGAUGUUGGAGUCUGGUGAUAUCGAGGAGCUGGACCAGUUGCACACCAGACUUUUGGAACGCCUCUUGGGUUGCUUAGCCCCCUGGCAGGCUAGGUGGUGUGCCCUGCUCUCGAUCUUCCAGGCCAUCUGCACCUUCCACAUAUUCGUCUACGUGUUCCAGAUUGCUCCCAAAGACUUUUGGUGUGCGCGGCCUGACAACCUCCUGCAGAUGAGUGUUUCCGAAUGGCGAAACAUUAGCCAAUCCUCAAAUGGUUGCCUGGUUCUCGAUAUGGACUUCUCCCAGGUGACCUACGAGGACAAUCAGCUGGUAAACUGGCCGGCAAAUGCCACCGAGUUGGGCUACCGCCAGUGCCGGCACUUUGAGUUCUCUGACGAGGAGGGAUCAGCCAAAACUCUGGUCCAGGAGUUCGAGCUAGUGUGCGGUCGGGAUAUUCUUAGCCUGGUGGAAACGUGCUUCCUGGUGGGCGCUGCUGCGGGAGCGGUUCUUAGUGGAUGGAUAUCUGACCGCUUUGGAAGAAGGCACACGCUGAUGGCUUUCGUCACUAUCCAAAGCGUGUUCGGUGGAAUUUUGGCCUUCUCAACAUCGGUGGCCAUGUUCAUGUCGCUACGUGUUAUAAUUGGAUUCGCAUCAAUGACCGUGACUGUUGUGAGCUUCGUGCUGGUGGUGGAGCUGGUCUCCGGCAAGUGGCGGACCGUAAUCGGCAUUCUCAACAUUCUGCCCGUGGCCAUCUCGUACGUCCUCUCCGCCGGACUGGCCUACCUCAUCCGCGACUGGCGGCACCUGCAGCUGGCCAUCUCCUUUCCCUGGCUAAUCAUGCUCAGCAUUUGGUUCUGGUUGCCGGAGUCGCCCCGCUGGCUUUUGGCCCAGGGUCGGUUGGAUGAGUUGUGCAAGCUAAUUGAGCGAGCGGCCCGAAUGAACGGCACCAGCGGCAGUCUGCCCAGUAACUAUCGCAAGACCCUGGAGGCGGCGGUUCCACGGGCGGUCCAAUCCCCGCCAGAAACAGCGACCAGCGAAGAGGUGAAGGCAGCCGAGGCGGAUGCACCGGAUCCAAACUCGAGUGGCCAUGUCAAUCCCCUGCUGGUGGUGUUUAGCGCCAAGUACUGGCGCACCACAUGCCUUACUUUGGUUAUCUGGCUCACCCUAAUUAUCAUUUACUUUGGUCUUACAUUGCACCUCAACAAUUUGGGUGGAAACAUUUAUAUCAAUAGUGCCGUGGCGGGAACUGUGGAGGCCAUUUCCAUCUGCAUCAGCAUCCUGGUGGUUCUGAAGGUUGGAAUUCGACGAAGUCUCAUUGGUUACAUGCUGCUCCCGGGGCUUUGCUGUCUGGCCACCAAUUUAGUACCAAAUCAAACUGGUGUUAUUGCACUGGCCACCAUAGCCAAGUGCCUAAUUGGAGCCAACAACGCCAUCAUUCCCACCUACACUGCAAUGCAAUAUCCCACAAUUGUUCGCAACUUUGGCGUUGGCAUGGGCAACCUGGCUUCUGGCGUGGCCCUGAUCCUUGUGCCCUUUCUCUGGCAACUGGAGCACAUUGAUCCCCUGCUGCCCUUGAAUGUUAUGGGUGUUUCCGGUUUGAUCGGCGCCAUUGCCAUCAGCCUUAUGAAGGAUGUGGAACAAUAAGGAGCUGGUAUAGGAAUUGGUAUUCUUUAGAGGAACUGGAGCUGACCUUCCGUUUUUGACAUGCCUAACUGUGAUAUAUAUUGGACCUUGGGAGGGACAUUGAGCACCCGCACUAAAUCGUUUUUCUCAUUCUACCAUUAACUAUGAUUUUAUUUUACUGAUAUGAUUUUAUUUAUACUUUCAUUGCAUUAAAAACGCAGUAUUUUUAUGAUAUGCAACAAUUUUAAA